AUGACGAAGUCCCCACAGCGCCUGACGGCCGAGGCCUUGGUCGACGCUUUCAACCGAAUGGACAUUGAUGCGAUCAUAUCUUAUCGCCAUCAAGAUUGCCUCAGACACAUAUUGCCAGCUGCGCUCGGCCACAAGGCGCAAACCAACGAUGAGUAUCGCAAAUCGCUCCAAGCUCUGAAACCCAUCUUUCACAAUUUCACCCUGCUGGUACACGAUCUUGUGGAAGACAAAGAAGCACGCCGACUGUGCAUCUACUCAACUGCACGAGCUGAUACGCUUGCUGGCGAAUAUGUGAACGAGUACAUGUGGACGCUGGACUUUGAUCAAUGCGGCCAGCAGAUCAUCAAAUGGACUGAAUUUGUCGAUGCCAAUGUCAACCGGGAUUUUUGGCCAAAACUGCAGGAGGCAAUGAAUCGGUAUCACAAGGCUUAG